AUGGGUUGCAGGAGCUCAAAGGCAAAGGAGCCACAGGCUCAACCCGCGCAGAAGAAGCCGGAGGCCGCUAAGGCCCCCGCCCCCGCCGCCGCCGCUGCCAACUACACCGCCGCCCAAAAGACAUCGCCACAACAACCCGGCGAUGUGAAGAAGUUGGAAGUCGCCACGCCAGACGGCCGCGGCCCCCCAACGGCGAGACGAAAUGACGCCUCCGAGGUGAGUUCCCGCACGGGCCCACCAAAGAAGGUUGGCGGCCCCGGCGGCGAUAAUCGAACCCCGAGUCCCUCUGCCUUAUCUCAACAACAACAGCAGCAGCAGGAUGUGGAUGAGGAUGGGAAUCCGGUGGUGUUGCCAAAGGGAGAUUGGGUGCGGACGGAGGGAACACCGUUCUACUACUCCGAGAAGGAGAACUUGUACUUCCACCCGCCUAGCUGCCAGUUCUACGAUCCAACAAAUGAGAUGUGGUAUGAUCCCGAGAAGGAUGAGUGGUACCGCGAUGAAGAGGGUGAGGAGGAACAGCAGUAG